GGUCGUGUGUAGGGGCUGGGACGGAACUGGGAAAAGAGCACCAGGACUUCAAAGCUGAACUCAGGGCAGCCUUGACUGCUUCCGAGCAGUUGGAGCUCCGGAGAGCACUUCCCUGGGAGCCUCCACGCUCCAUGUCGCUCGCUGUGAAAGUAGGGGUAGAAGUGCCUACAGCAGCGCGCCCGGCCCACAGAGGGUGCGCUGCAGGGCUCCUUGCCUCUCCCCCGCUUCUCGCCGCCGCGGGCGCUUUUACCGCCGCCCGUCCCCCGACCCUGAGCGUGGCCCUGUCCACACCGCCCUGCACCCGACCCCUCCUGGUGCACGCCUCGCCCCCAGCGCCCAAAGUGAGUUACUUUCCUCCCUUUUCCACGGGAUUUCCCCUUCCGCCCCCUGGAAACAAGGCGAGAGCGGUGGAGGUGUUCCUUGCUCUUUGCUCAUCCCGUAUUUAUCCAGUGCCCUCUGUGUGUUGAGCACGGUGCUGAGCAUCGGGUUUGCAUUGGUGAAUAGAACAUGUGCGAUGUGGAGCCUACAGUUUAGUGGGAGAUACAGACAGAAAGCAAGUGAACAUAGUAAAUAAAGCCAGUGCGCCGCGCGCGCGGGCGCGCACACACACACACUUCCUAUCCCUUUUCCCCAGUUCUCUCUCUCUCCAGCAUUCGGUGCUAACAUACUCUGUUUUCCAUUUCGAUCUUGUUUAAUGACUCUCCCUCCAACUCGCGGGUAAGCUCCAGGAGUGCAGGCGUGUAUGUUUCUUCACUGCUGAAUCCCCACCCCUAGAACGGUGGCUGGCCCAUCGUGAAUAUAUGUUCAUUGAAUGAAUACAUGACAGAAGCCAACAGGGUGCCUGCUAGGGAAUGAGAAAGGGGAGGUUCAGGGAGGGCCUCCGAGGGGAAAUGACCUUUAAACAAGGCCUGAAGGGUGAGGAGAGUCAUCCAGACAGAGGCACCACCUGUGUCAAGUCCUGUCUUAAAGGCAGUGCUUCUUAGACUGAAAAGGUAGAGGCUGAGAGGAUGCAUGGACCUGGUCGCAUGCCUUCAUGACUAACAUGGCCAGCCUCUCUACCAAUUUCCAAGAUACGAGGGAAGGUGGGAUUAUUGAAACAUGGAGAAGGUAAACAUAAGGCAAAGACUGAUAUGAAUAACCCUCACGCUGUACAGCAGUUUACAAUUACAGAGCUCUUUCACUUAACCUCACUUUAUCGCUCAAAACUCUUAGGAGUAAGAAAUCAGCGUAAAGAGGAGACCAGACCUCAUUCACUCCUAGUGCAUACCUGGUACAUAACACACUAUAAAAAUGGGUUGAACUGGUGUAACACCAUGCUAGGCUGCAAGCUCUGUGCAGGUGGAGCCCGUGUUCUCCUUACCUCUGCUGUAUCCCAGCGCCUGGCACUGCGCUAGCUCCCAGGCCCUAUUUGUAAACUGAAUGAGCACUCUCCACUCAUCAGAGCCUUCCGCCUGCCUGGCCUGUGCUUGGUGGUAGAAUACAGAAAGAGUUAGACACCACCCUUCCCCUCAAGGGGGUCCCAGCCAGCUAAACUUUCCUGAAUUCAUAGAACCGGCAGCAGAUACGGGUUUUCUGAAGCCAAACCUUUUCCUUUAUAAGAGAAAGACUUAUUGCACACAGAGGGACUGCCCUUCUAAAACCAAUGAUAGUAAGUGGUAAGAGAAUUUGGACAAGUUCUGAUGAGAAAGAGCCUUGGGCACCAGGCAAGAGGAGUGGAUUCUAUCCAGUAGGCAAUGGGGAGCUGUUAAAGGUUGCUAAGCAGGGGACUGGUGUGAUCAGAGCUGGUGGCGGGUGUCCUGAUGGAUGUGUCGGCAGAGACUGGAAUCAAAUCCUCUGGGCCCGUGGGAGGUUCCAGUGUAAGUGGUCAUGGGAAGCAGGAAAAGUAGAAAAGAUCUUAAAGAUUAGGACUCCUGGGAAAUGAUUGGUAACCAAGAAAAGGGGUUUAUUUCCCUGCCCUCUGACAGAGUUGGUGGUUUGCUCCUCUGCUCUUCCACAGACUUGGCCCACACCUUGAUCCUAGCACUUUAUGCACAAAUGAAAUUAGUGGCAUUGGGAGGCUCCAGGGUGCCCAUAAAAUUCAGGGACAGUUUAGCAAGUUGGGCCCCUGCUCUGUGCCAGCCCAGUGCCAAGCACUGGGAAUUGGAGAUGAAGACAUUUGCCCCCCUGCCUUCCAGAAGCAUGAAGUCGAGUGAGCAUGAGCACCAGCUGGAGGCAGAGGAGGUCCAGGUGAGGAUACUAACCUUAGCACUUCUGGCUUCCUGACCUGGGCCUCAGUUUUCUCCUCUGUGAAAUGAGGAGGAGCAUGGCCUACCUACAUCUGGCUGUUGGGAGGAUUGAGUGAGGCGCUGCGAAGCACUUGGCAUGGUCUCUGGCCCAGUAAGUGACGUGUUCUUAUCAUGGUUAUCAUCUGCUUAGCGGAUGACUCUCCCGCUAGGCCAAGAGCUCCCCCAGGGCAGGGAAGAGUGUCACUCAUCUGUGCAUCCCAGUACCUCGUGCUGCAGCCCCUGCCCAGUGUCUGAGGCAGGAAUGAAUGGGAGGAAAUCGAAGGCCGGAGCUCUUAAGAGGUACACUCAGGCGUCGCUUAGCGAUGGCAAUACGUUCUGAGAAAUGCGUCGUUAGGUGGUUUCAUCCUUGUGUGAGCAUCGCAGAGUGUACUUGCACAAACCUAGAUCGGAAGCCUGCUGCACACCUAGGCUAUAUGAUGCUCAUCUUAUGGGACCGCUGUCUUAUAUGCGGCCCCUCAUUGACCGAAACGUCACGCGGUACAUGACUGUAGUUGCAUUUUAUGGGAAUAUUUACGUCAAAUAAUGUUCUGUGACAUCAGAAUUCCCCUCAGUUCUCUUCUCAGACAAGAGGGAAGGAACACCGUCUUUUCUUUGAUUUGCCUGUGAAAUUUUAAAAGAAUAGUUUGCUUGCAGGUGAGAUGAUCGUGUCUAUAUAAACUGUGAAGUUCUACAUAUGGAGAACCUUGAUAAAUCCCAAACUGCCCUCACAGAAACAUCUCAAAAUAAAUCGUAGCCAUUUAACUUUUCCUCACUGAUCUGUCUUUCAGACUGUGCUUACCUAGUAGCCCUGAAACCAAGCUCCUUUCCUUUCUUUCCUUCCUUCCUAUAUAACACACAUACUUUUAAAUAUCCGCUGUGCUCUUUCAUAGAAUGACUAAAAGAACAGAUCUCUGUCCUCAAGGAGCUUACGGUCUCAAGAAGGAGAAAGACGUGUCAUUUCUGGACGGUGUGAAAAGCUCUAAGAGAGAGAUUCAUUCAUCUGGAAGGUUUUGAGCAGCUGUGCUGAGCAGCGCUGGGCCAGUGCAGUGAGCGCUCGCAGGAACAGGAUUUCUCUAGCUGACCUCUGCCGUCUCAUCCUCCCUGAAGCUGCGUCGGUCCAGGUCCUUGUCACCUCUCCCCCAGCCCAGCACAAGCUCCUCCUGUGCUCCUGUGCGUGAGGAACCACGUGUUCUGAAGCCAGGCAGACCGGAGUUAGAAUCCCAGUGCCACCAUUUUAGAAGCUGUGUGACCUUGGACUGAAAGGGACAGGCCCGGGCCUGGGGCCUCACAGAGCAAGGCCUGCUCUGGGAAGAGCACCCAGCUGUCCCUCCCAGGCUGCCCCAGCCCCACUGACAAUGUACGAGAGAGAGGAGGAUGACGAUGAGGAAGCCUGGCUGCAGCUGCGGCCCGUGGAGCCCUUGCCCUCCCAGUGCUGCGGCGGUGGCUGCUCACCCUGUGUGUUCGACCUCUAUCACCGAGAUCUGGCGAGAUGGGAAGCGGCCCGAGCCAGCAAGGACAGGAGCCUGCUGGGUGGAGAGGAGUCACAGAACUGCCCCUCCCACCUGAGCCCAGAGACCUUCUUGGCCUUCCGCAUCAGUGCCAUGGACAGACUCACUAAGGACACCUACCGUGUCCGGUUUGCACUGCCCCGGAAUAGCCAGCUUGGCCUGCGGCCUGGCCAGCACCUCAUCCUACGAGGGAUAGUAAAUGACUUAGAAGUUCAGAGAGCUUAUACGCCCAUCAGCCCUGCCAACGCAGAAGGAUACUUUGAAGUUUUAAUCAAGUGCUACCAAACUGGCCUGAUGUCCCAGUAUGUCGAGUCCUGGAGAGCAGGAGACACGGCCUUCUGGCGAGGACCGUUCGGAGGCUUCUUCUAUCAACCAAACCAGUAUGGUGAGCUCCUCAUGCUGGCUGCGGGCACUGGCCUGGCCCCCAUGGUGCCCAUCCUACAGAGCAUCACAGACAAUGCGGACGAUGAGACCUUUGUCACCCUGGUUGGCUGCUUCAAGACCUUUGAGGGCAUCUACCUGAAAACUUUUCUCCAGGAGCAGGCCCGCUUCUGGAACGUCCGCACCUUCUUUGUGCUCAGCCAGGAGAGCUCCCCGGAGCAGCUUCCCUGGAGUUACCGGGAGAAGACCCGCUUUGGCCGCCUGGCUCAGGACCUGAUUGAAGAGCUGGUCGGCUCCUGUCGCAGAAAGCCGUUUGCAUUGGUCUGGCCUCCCUUCCAAAGCCACUGGGACACAGGAAGUUGCACAGACUGGAAUCAGAAGAGGUGGAUGGAAGACUGCCCUAACUCGCCAGGUGACCUUGGUCGAAUGACUUCACCUCUGCACACCUCCCUUUUGCAUCUACCCCUCGAGGUUACUGACUCCCUCAGGCUGGCAUCUUGUUGUGUGGAGGGAGGAUGGGGCUGCAGAGCCCCAGGGAGGAGAGUAAGCAGCCCAGCAGUCAGGGAGGACUCCCUGGAGGAAGCCAGGUCCAGGCUGAGCCUCAGGAUGAAUAAGAGUUGGCAGGAGAUGGGGCGGGGGGAGCUUUCCUGCUUCCUCAGAUUAGAGGGCUUGUGAGGGGCUCCUGUAGGACCCUGCCCUGUCCUGCCUGUUCCAAAGCAUGGUUCCCUGGAGACUGUGUGUCCCUGCCUCAGGGCCGCCUCAGAGGAGGUGCUCGCUGAGUGUUUAGGAAAUGAGCAUAGAGGCUGAGAGCUCUUUGGAGGAGGAACUUGCCUUAUGUUCUAGUGCUGUGAGCCUGACACAACAGAAGUCGUGGGGCCUGUGACCUGACCGAGGUGUUCUCGGAGUGAGGCAGGGCCCCGGAUUACCUUUAUUUUGGAUUGGCCCCAGGGCUUUCCUGCUGCGGAUGGCUUUGCUCUCCGUCUCCCUUCCCUGGCUCCAGAGCCCAGCCCAGAGUCCUUUCUCCAGUGAAAGAGGCACGGAAGCAAACUGCCCUCCCUCCUGCAGGCAGCCAGCCCAGCCCGCCUUCAGCUCCUGCGCCCUGGCGACGGUUGCCAUGGAGAUCUAAAGAUAGAGCAGGAGUCUGGAGACCUGGGUCCUCUCCCUGCUCUGCCCACUGAGGGCGGCUGAUUCCCAUCCACCCACUCCUCCCCUCCACCCCGCCCCCUCCAUCCAGCAUGGGGCAUGCCCUCCCCUGGGAACCUGGCUCCAGCAGCGGCUGCAGUUAAUGAAUUCUGCUUUUCGCAGCCUGGCCUGCAGUGUGCGGCACCAGCUCAGGCUGGCUUCCGGCAGUCCCAGAACUGGAAUCUCAGAAUCAGAGAACCGUGGAAUCGUAGAGUGAGAAUUUUACAGUCAUAGAACCACGAUCCCCAUCAGAGAUUAAAUUCGGGCCUCCAAAAAGCAUCCAGUCUCCCAGGCUGUGUCAUUAUAUCCAGGGGGAAACCAAGGCCAGUGAGGCUACAUGACCUGCCCAAGGUAAAAUAGUUCAUGGCAAGGCCGGCUCUAGAAGCCAGGUCUCCCAGUGUCAGCCCUGUGCUCAGAGUUCUGGGCUCCCAGGAGACCAGGGUUCCUGGCAUGGCAGCAGUGAAGGGACGGCCAGAUGGGAUUUCCAAGCCCUCCUUCAAUCAGAGCAGUUCUGUUUUUUGUUUUUUUUUAAAGUAAGAGACUUUAUUUUUAUUUUUUUGGUGAGGAAGAUUGGCCCUGAGUUAACAUCUGUGCCAAUCCUCCUCUACUGUAUAUGUGGGACGCCUGCCACAGCAUGGCUUGAUGAGUGGGUUGUAGGUCUGCACCUGGGAUAUGAACCCCGAGCUGCCAAAGCAGAGCACUCGAACUUACCCACUACGCCACCAGGCUGGCCCCAGAGCAGUUCUGUUUUCAUCCCAUUUAUAUCUUGGGUCUUGGAGUCAUUUUCAUUUGUGAAAAAGAGUUUUCCUACACUGCCCAAAAAGUUACAACAAAUCUCCUUGCUGUGCUCUGUUCAAUAACUACUCAUGACAAGCCGUUGGGGGUUGGUGCCAAAGGUUUCCAGCCCAGUUCCACAGGCGGAAUUCCACGGUACGUAGCUGUGGGGAAUACCGCAUGCACCUUCACCAAGAACCAGACAUGUGAGCAUAUUAAAGGCUCUGAAAAGGCAGGUGGAAAAGAAACUUUUUUUCAUUUUGUUUAACCCAGUUUCCCGAGCUUGUUUGACUGGAGGACAUUUUUACCCUCUAGAAUCUUUUGAGACCAGUGUUGCGUGGAAUACGCUUUGGGAACGCUGGUCUGUGGCUCAGCCUCUUCAGCACAGUGUAACGCGUGGGAGGCCCCGCACUCCGCGUCAGAGUCCCAGGCAGGAUCGGGGGUCUCUUACUGCCUCACCUGUGACGUGGGCAAGACCCUUUUCCUCUCUCAGGGCCUCUGAACUCUGCGCACCUUCCUCUGCCCUUUCCUCUCCCUCGGCACAUCCUGUUGGUUCUACUCGGGUACUCCUGGAGGGCCUGUUCCGAGCCAGGCUCUGUUCUAGGCACCAAGGAAACACAAUGAACAAGGCAGGUGCAGUUCUAGUAAACUCCAUAGGGGAGCUUCCAGCCGACAAGGAGGGCAGAAAUUAACCCUGUGAUUCUGAAAGGGGUGAGUGUCCUGAAAGGGGAAGUGCGGAGCGCUGGAGAGGGGCUGAGGGCCGGGCCACGCUACUCACUGAGUCAGGGGUGGGGGUCUGGGGCAGUUCUGGUAUCUGUCUUUGUCCCGUUUUAGAUAUUCGAUGUCUGGAUAUUAGACCAGGCCACGCAGUGAUAACCAGCAGCCCCUCCUGUCCUAGAAUGCGUCUGCCUCUCCUUCCCCUGCUCCCUGUGGGGUCUGUGCAGUCUGGAUGCUGGGGGGGUCUCUUAUCAUGGCACAGCGGGGAGGACCCAGCCAUGCCCUUGACACCGAGAUGCCUAAAGGGCUCAUAUCACCCGGAAACUUGGGAGCUCGUGUUGGGUCCUCUGCCUCCCAAGAAGAUAAGGGAGCCCGGGAGGAGGCCUGGCUGGGAUGCAUGAGGAUGGAGCUCUGUGAACUGGGGGUGAGGUGCCCAGCAGCUGGCCCCUCCCAUCUCUCCUGAUGAUGCCCCAGCCAUGUGUCGCGGGAGGUGUGCUGUCAGAAACCACGGCUGCCUUAGUUCAGUCCUCCCCGUGUUUGGCCUGCACCACCUCGGCAUUCCCCUCAUUGGUCUCGGGUCUCCAGCCUCUCCUCCCACACCCCCUUCCCUACUGCAGCCGGACCAAUUUUUUUAAAUUGUGGUAAUAACAUGAGAUCUACCCUCUUAACAAAUUUUUAAGUGUACAAUACAUUGUUAUUGACUGUAGGUACAAUGUUCAGUACAGCAGAUCUCCAGAGCUUGUUCAGGCCGCUUUUUCUAACUUGCAGAUCUGGCUGUCACUCCCUUUCUUAAAAUCCUUCAAUGGCUCCCUCUUGCCCUCAGCUCUGUUUGCCUCUGCAGACUUUAUGUUACUGCCCUCUUGCCCCCAACUCUUUCUCCCAAGCGUGUUCCUUUGUGUCGGUCAGUCCCUUCACAUCUGCUGCCCCUCUGCCUGGGCCAGCCUCCCACCCACCAUCCUCCGCUGGCCUUUGCUUCCUUGUCUUUCUAGGGCGUAGCUCAGCGGCCCCUCCUUGCUGGCCUCUGCCACCCCAGGCUAGAUUAGUGGGCAGAUUCUUGUGCAUUCUUCUGUGGCUGCACCUCUCAGACCAUCUCAUUUGCAUGUGAGCACAUCCCGGGCCCACAAUGGGGCCUGUUCGUUGUGUCCCCAGCGUGGGAGGGUACUCAGCACGUCCUGAAUGUCACAUACCUGAAUAAUAAACAACUAAGAAUCACGGAGCACUUUACAGGUUGCAAAAUGCUCUUCAGCUGCUUUGAAGCACAUAACUGUCACCAAAAUGCAUUCUAUUUUAUUACCCCGACUUACUGAUGAGGAAACUAAGCUUCCGAGACAUUGAGCAAUUCUCCCAGGUCAUGUAGGGGUACACAGAUUCCAACAUGCUGCAAUUGUGAUGAAGGUCGUAUGUGACACAUGCGUGCACCAGAUGUGUAUGAAGAUUUUCAUUGCUGCACUGUUUGAAACAGCAGAGAUUAAAAACUACCUACACGUCCAUCGAUAAGAGAAUAGAGAAAUAAACGUUCUAUAUUCAUACAGUGGAAUACCAUACGGCAGUUAAAAUGGAUGAACCAGAUCUACGUGUCAGUAUAGACUAAAUCCAAAAAAGAUGAUAAUUGAGUGAAAAGCAAAUUGUAAAAGGAAAGGUACAGUGAGCUAUCAAUAUUUGGAAAGUUUAAAAACACAAAAUAAUGCCACAUGCUCAGGAAGGAAGUACACAAACUUCAAGGACAGUGGUGACCUUUGGGGAUAGAGGAAAAGGAAGAAGAUGGGGUGGGGUGGUGGGCUUUUUUAUCUGUGUCACUUUAUUAUAAAAACAUUUGAUAUGAAUAUGGCAAAAUCUGAACAUCCCUGAUGUCUGCUUUGUUAUGUUCUACCGUUUUUGUGUUUGAAAUAAUUCCAUAAAGUUUUUUUUAAAAAAGA